CCAGCGCCGUAGCCAAGGCCUCUCCUGGAGGGCCAGAGCCACCUUAAGGCGCGCUUCGCCAGGCUCCCCUGCUUUCUCUGCCUUGCCAGGAGGUAGUUUUUAUUCCAGCCAGGGACCGCUGCUGAAAUCCGGCCAGAUUUUCGCCUGACCUUCUGUUCCUGCUGGGUUUUUUUGUCCCCCCCCCCAUGCUUUAAGGCCGAUUAGAUUUCCCCCCAGCCCCGUGUCCGAUGGGCCGCUCACGACCCACCGGGGAGGGAGUCCUGCUCCCCUCUCGCCCGGAGGAGAUCUCCGCUCCGGCACCCCCAAAAUCCUUGCAUUUAAGAUAAAAAGGAAAGAGAAAAAAGCCUGGUCGGAGGAAGCCUCGUGCCCGCCCGGCUCGUCCUUGGCUUUGGCUGCCCUCCUGCUCCUACAGCGGCUGUUGGAGAAGUUCAAGUGCAAGGGUCCUGGGGGGGCUAGCGGGGGCCGCCCCCUCCCCCUGGCUGGUAGCCAUUUGGGGCCAGCAGCUCAGGAUGUACCCGCAAGGACGGCACCCUACCCCGCUCCAGUCCGGGCAGCCCUUCAAGUUCUCCAUCCUGGAGAUCUGCGACCGCAUCAAGGAGGAAUUCCAGUUUCUGCAGGCGCAGUACCACAGCCUGAAGCUGGAAUGUGAGAAGCUGGCCAGCGAGAAGACGGAGAUGCAGCGGCACUACGUCAUGUACUACGAGAUGUCCUACGGCCUCAACAUUGAGAUGCACAAGCAGGCCGAGAUCGUGAAGAGGCUGAGCGCCAUCUGUGCCCAGAUCGUCCCCUUCCUGACACAAGAGCACCAGCAGCAAGUGCUUCAGGCCGUGGAACGGGCCAAGCAGGUGACCAUGGGGGAGCUGAACAGCAUCAUUGGGCAGCAGCAGCUGCAGCACCUCUCGCACCAUGCGCCCCCCAUUCCGCUCACCCCCCACCCCUCAGGCCUGCCCCCCUCCAGCCUGGCCGGCACCUCGGGGCUCCUGGCGCUGUCCGGGGCACUGGUAGCCCAGACCCAGCUGGCUGCCAAGGACGACCGAGUGGCUCCGGAUGCUGAGAACAGCAGAGAGCGCACUCCCAGCCGGAGCCUGUCGGCCUCGCCGCCCGAGAGCCUGCCGGACGAGGAGAGGCCGGGCGGCGCCGGCCUCAAGCGCAAACGGGAAGACAAGGACCUGGCAGGACAUUAUGACAGCGACGGGGACAAGAGCGAUUACAACCUGGUCGUGGACGAGGACCCCCCCUCGGAGCCCGGCAGCCCAGCCCACGCGCCUGGCGGCAAGCUCCCGCCCGCCCGCAGGGACGUGCCCGACAGCCCGGCCUCGCUGGGCUCCAGCCGCAGCACGACGCCCCUCAAGCUGAAGGAGCAGAGUCUGACGGACGUCUCGGCCAGCACGCCUGCCCCGAAGUCCACCGGCUCUUCCCCUCCGCGCGACACCCUGACGCCCGGCCCCGGCCCCAGCUCCGUGACCCACCUCCGGCAGAGCGCCACCAAGACGCCCGCCACCGACACCAUCACCCUGCGCAGCCCCCUGAGCGUAUCCAGUGCCUACACGUCGUCCUUCGGGAUGGUGCCGCACGCGGCCAUCAACGGGGAGCUCGCCGCCCCCAGCACCUACAUGAGCAUCCACCUCUCUCCGCAAGUCAGCGGCACCGUGAUGUACGGCCGCUCGCCCAUGGUGGCAUUUGAGUCUCACCCACACCUGAGGGCCUCCAGCAUCUCCUCCUCGCUCUCCAGCAUCCCUGGAGGGAAACCAGCCUACUCCUUCCACGUGAGUGCCGACGGGCAGAUGCAGCCGGUGCCCUUCCCCCCCGAUGCCCUCCUGGGCUCUGGCAUCCCCCGGCACGCCCGGCAGCUGCACACCUUGACCCACGGCGAGGUGGUCUGCGCCGUCACCAUCAGCAGCUCCACGCGGCACGUCUACACGGGCGGCAAGGGCUGCGUGAAGGUGUGGGACGUGGGGCAGCCGGGCACCAAGACGCCCGUGGCGCAGCUGGACUGCCUGAACCGCGACAACUACAUCCGGUCUUGCAAGCUCCUGCCAGACGGGCACAGCCUCAUCGUCGGGGGGGAAGCCAGCACCUUGUCCAUCUGGGACCUGGCCGCCCCCACCCCGCGCAUCAAGGCCGAGCUGACCUCCUCGGCGCCCGCCUGCUACGCCCUGGCCAUCAGCCCCGACGCCAAGGUCUGCUUCUCCUGCUGCAGCGACGGCAACAUCGUCGUGUGGGACCUGCAGAACCAGACCAUGGUGCGGCAGUUCCAGGGCCACACGGACGGCGCCAGCUGCAUCGACAUCUCCAACUACGGCACCAAACUGUGGACGGGGGGGCUGGACAACACCGUGCGGUGCUGGGACCUGCGGGAGGGGCGCCAGCUGCAGCAGCACGACUUCAGCUCCCAGAUCUUCUCGCUGGGGUACUGCCCCACGGGCGAGUGGCUGGCCGUGGGCAUGGAGAGCAGCAACGUGGAGAUCCUGCACGUCACCAAGCCUGAGAAGUACCAGCUGCACCUGCACGAGAGCUGCGUCCUCUCGCUCAAGUUCGCCGCCUGCGGCAAGUGGUUCGUGAGCACGGGGAAGGACAACCUGCUCAACGCCUGGAGGACGCCAUAUGGCGCCAGCAUCUUCCAGUCUAAAGAGUCCUCGUCGGUGCUGAGCUGCGACAUCUCUGUCAACGACAAGUUCAUUGUCACGGGCUCCGGCGACAAGAAGGCCACAGUCUAUGAGGUGGUGUACUGAGGGGCCGGGGGCUCCCUCCACCCCGCUGGGACCCUUGACCAAAGCCAGGCCCAGAGACAUCCAUCCCUUCGCCCUCGGCUCCGGGGCUGCCUCGUGGUGGAGGGGAGCGGGGCUCCCUCAUGCAGCGGUGCAGACUUCCCCAUGGCUGCCCACACCGAGGGUGGAGGAACAGCCGCCCCUGGGAAGCAGCGAGCCUCUUGUCCUCCCUGCGUUCCCUUCCUGGCAGCCGCGGCAGGCUAGGGUCGGGGGCAGGGCCCCUGCUCUCUCCCUAGCCUUUGGGGAUGGUCAGAGGGCCAAGGAAGAGAGCAGGGGGCAGGGAAGAGGCUAAGGCUGAGGCCAGGUCUUUCCCCACCUGAUUUGCUACUGAUUCAGCACCCGCCUUUCCCCCAGCCCAUAUGUGCCAGGCGAGGCCGCGUGCCCACCCUGUCCCAAUAAACACUUCGGAUUUUC